UUUCCCUUUAAACCUUUCCAAGACUAACACUAACGACUCCAAAAAAGGACGGCACUCCACAACGCAGGAGCUUCAGUCAGCUUACAAAAUCGUCAGGGAGACCAACUCCGUGAAACAAUAAGGGUGUUAGUUGAAGCGGGCAACAUCGACCCCAUGGCGAUCAGCAAAGCAGGGCAAACCGCUCUGCAUAACUUUAUGGGCGCCGUGGAGCCGUAUCAAUAUUUAAUCCACUCGCAAGAGUAUUUUGUUGUGGACCUCUCCCACGUGGAUCGCCAGGGGCAGACUGCUCUCCAGAAGCUUGCGAGUUCACCUUUACCAGUGACUCCUACCUUGAUCCGAGCCUCGACCCUUGAGUCGUUUCCAAGCCAGCUGGCGUUGCAGGAAUGGCCCACAAUCAUGGGGCGAAUGACGUUUCUUGUUGGCGCUGCGAGACGACUUGCGAGCGUCUUUCAACAUACGUGCAUCUCCAGAACGGAAAUAAGGUUUGUUUCGGAGCUGAUCAAAGCGGGUGCAGACCUCCAUUUCGCUGAUGAGUUUGGAGCGACGGCUCUGGAUCGUUUGCUUGGUGAUGGGCAUUAUCCUGCUUGGCCGUCCAUCGAAAUCAACAAGGAAUGCUUGAUACACGCUUGGCUUCUCUGCUUGUUCCAAUGUGGCAUUAUUCUACAUUCGUACUUCCGUGAGGAGGAAAGACUGCAUCCGGGAGGUAUGGUCGUGGAGCGGGACUGGCACCGGAGAGGCAUCUAUCGAACCUUCACAGUUUACUACGGGUUUUACAGCGAUGACGUUACGAUCCUCGUUGAGGAUUUGCAACCUCUUUCUGACAGAAGUGAAGAUAUACCAGGAAGCUGGGACUCGGAGUUGGAAUAUGCUGAUGCUCGCUGUAUGUCGUUGGUCGAGGAUUGCUAUCCAACUGCUUUCUGGUCGGUUACUACUUCGGGCUUUCGACACGGGGAUUACACGGCUGAGAGAGCAACGUGCAGUGAGGAUCUCCCUGUAGGACAGCGUUGGAAAAAUCGGCAGAAUCGACUCUAUAAGUAAGAGGAAUAAAUGAGCCGAAAGCUGGUCGGAUGUUCAACGGGAAUUUCAAAAUACUAUUGGAA